ACACAAACUCACACACACAUACAUAUUUAUACAAAUAUAGAUAAUGUAAAUAUCAGAUAUAAUAAAAAAAAUACAUAUAACAAUAAAAAUAAAUGACCGAAAGUAAAAUUAUGCAAGAAUCGUGUGAAAUUAUGACUAAAGGAUCAUAAUAUAGUUUACUACAAGUAACUGCUAGUAAAAGUGAAACUACUAUUGAUUAAAGUGGGGAGAUAUUUGAACACAAGAUUGAAUAAGAGAAACUGCUACACGUUGGGGCAGAAAGCAAAGUCCAACUUUUGUCUCAUUUUUUUUUACAAAUAUACUUAUAUGAGCCAUAUAUGUACAUAAGAAAAUAUAUAAACUAGCAUAUAAAUAUUUAUGCAACAACGUCAACCAAAGAACUUAAUAACAGACUCAAACAAAACAAAUAACUAAGAAAUUUUUUUUUAAACAGAAAUAAGUUAGAACAAAACAAACAAAAGAAAAGAAAUCAAACUUCACUCUUUUUUUUUUUGUAGAGUAAAUUACAGAAGUGUGUGUGUGAUCUUUUGACAUGGCUGAAAAGUGAGAGAAUAAAAGAAAAAGCUCUCUUUUUUUUUUAAAUCGGCUAAAGACAAAACAAAACAGUAAAAAAAAAGGAACUUAAUAACCAAGUAAUAAAUAGCAACAGAAAUUAACUUAAAAGUUACAGCACAAAUAAUUAAACCUACCACCUUGAUAACUAUAACAACAAGGACAUGGGAAAUUAUGAUGGUCAACAAAGCAUAGGAAUCUCAUUAUUCACUUUUACCUUUUUCCCUUGCAAUGUGCUAAUGAAAUCACGUGAGGAGAUAUGAGAUGACUAUAGUUCAAAAAUAAAACAAGAGGAAAGGAUGUGUUGUUAACAGCUUAUAGGUUGGAAGUUGGAAAUUUUUGUUUGGGCUUUGAGGGUUUUGUUUGGUAGCGGUUCGGCUUGUAGUGGAUUGAAUACUUUAAAAAGAGGAUUUCAUCUUGCUGUUGUGAGCAACGACGAAGGGGAGAAACCCACCUAAUCCGGAUACGGCAAAACGCGUAGGAGGAGGUUUAGUUGCAAGGCUGGGAAGAUCGGAGAGAAUCUGGAGUUCGCAGCGUGGGAGAGGUAAGAUCGGAGGAGGCACUUGAGAGCUGAACUCGGACAGAAGUUUGAAGGCUUUGCUGUGUGUAAAAAAAGAAUUAGUUCCUUUUGCUCUCUUUUAACGACGAAGCCGCGCUUUGAAUCAAGGGAAGCCCUGUCCGAGGUUUUGCUUCAGCGAAAUAUCUGGGAUUCAGAAGAUUUCUGACAAAAGGAGUUUGAUUGAUACAAGGUUAGCAUUAAUUUGAUCAUGACUUUCUUGUUUGACUUUUAGCUUGGCUGAUCUCUUAAACCUUGUUAUAUUAAUGAUAGUAACAAAGCCUUGUCAUUUUAUCUGUGAUAAUCGGCUUUUCUAAGGAGGCAAUAUUCUUCAGCACAUCUAUUAGUAACACCCACAACACAUUUAUAAUGAGAUUGUUGAGCACGGGAUGACAAUUAAUAACAACCUUCAUUUCUCCAUAUCUGCCAAGAGGAAUCAGGUUGGAGUAGCUUGUAAUUAUUAAAUAUUUUAGUGUUGCAAGUCUUGCUUAUUUCAUCAGCCAAAUGAAGAGAUUUAAUGUGUGGACAACCCAACAAAUUUUUUUUAUCCAUAUUGUAGAUCUUGCAUCCAUGUAUUUCUUUUCAAUUAAAUUUCCUAAACAUUUUGGUAGUUGAAGGUCGUCGAGCACGUUCUUGGCGAAAUCAAAAUUUUCCCUGAAUUAAUAAGUUUCGCCUCUCGGCACAUAAUUUGGCAUUGCAAGCCUCCUCGACAUCCUUCACAUUUUAAAGAAGUUUAAUUCUUAACUGACAAAAAUCAUUCAUAUGCUCAAGCUUUAAAAUUUUGAAGCCAUUCUCAUUUUUUAACAUAAAAUCCAUCUAAUUGUUGAAGAGAAUUUAGCUUUCCGAUUCUAUGUAUUCCAGAGAGAUCCUCCCAUAGCAAUUGCAUGUAAUGCACUUUUGUAGAGUUAUUCAUGUCUCUCGACAAAAAAUUGUGAUGAAUAAGCUUCCCAAAUUCUAGAUUAUGAAUUGCAAAUGAUACCGUUUCCUUAGAGAUCUUGGCAGUAAAGUUUGGAGAAUCUUCAAGUAUUAGAGAUGUGACACAUAUCCAAUUGUCUCGGGCAUCAUUUUAAGGUACGGAGCAAAGGUUUACAGCAAACGAAUGCUUUCCGAUACUUCGAAAAUUUGAGCAAGUGCCACCUCGUGUAGUAAAUCAUGCAUUUUGUAACAUGUUGUGUUGAAAUCGAAUCUUGUCAGAGAAAGGUUUCUUGACUAAGACAUCAAAAUAUCUUCAUCUAAUAUCCUCCACAGUUAUUCCUUGAGACUGUUGAAUGAAACCCAAUGCAAUCUAUAUUUAGACCAACUCAUCUUUAUUAAACGUAUGAUCUCGUGGAAGCAUGCAACAAAAAUACAAAACAAUUUUGUAGAUGAUUUCGCAGGACUUUACAGCUCAGCCUUAAGAUAAAAUUCUGACCCAAUAAAUUGCCCUUUCUCUCUCUCUCUCUCUCUCUCUCUUUUAGAACUGCCCUCCAAUGCCUUUCAUCCAAUUUGUCCUCCAUAACACGACUAAUGACUUUAGUUGCCAAUGGAGAUCUUAAAAUAUUUUUAAUUAUUUCUCCAACAAUGACUUUUAAUUAAAUAUAUAUUCUUAAUAUCGACGACGUUCGGGACACAAUGGUGCCAUCCAUUUUAUAAUCGGACGUCAUUUUGCCACUGACUAGGCUAAUUUCCUUCGUAAUGCGUGCCUUCGCAACACAUUUGGAUCGCCUUCAAAAUUUGCGACACUGUCUCAAACAAUGCGAUUUUAUUAAAUAAAAUGUAUAUUCCUAAUGCCAACAAAUUCUGGACGUAAUGGCGCUGUCCGUUUGUCGAUCGAACUUCGUUUGAGCAUCGUCGAGGUCUCAUUUCCCUCGUAACGUAUGUCUUUGGAUCAUAUGCGGAUCGCCUCGAAAUUCACGACACUUCCUCAGAAGAUUCAAAUUGAUUAAAUAAAAUGUAUAUUCUUAAUGUCGGCAACGUUCCAGACGCAAUGACGCAGUCCGUUUUGCAAUCGGACUUUGUUUGAGCAUCAUCGAGACCUUUGCAGCCAAUGGAGAUCCAGAAAGCUUUUUGACUAUCUCUCCAUCAAUGGAUCUUAAUCCUUUAUAAUCAUUAGGAUUCUCUUCAUCAGCAAAUACAUGAGAGUUAAGGAGUUGCAAACACUGACCUUCUUCAAGGCCCACUAAGAGAUUCCAAAAUAUCUGCAAUGACUUUUUCACAUCAUAGUUGUGGAAACACAAACCCACAUUUUAAGAUCAAAUUCCUUUUGCCAUUUCUUCUUCAUAGUAUUGCAAGAGAGUUGUCUUUCCCAUUCCACGAUGGCUCAUAAUGGAUAGAAGGGAAAUGUUUCUGUACAAAUCAACUCCAUUAAUAGGAGCUUGGCUUUCCCUAUUUGAUUGCUUCUUCCAUCAGUGCAUAACAAAACUCAAUGCAAUCCAUAUUAAAGCUGAAUUCUCUUUAUCGAAUUUAAGAUUAUUGGGUUGGUUGUAGAGGUCAACAAAUGCCCCCCAACAAAUGUGGUACGCGCCCAGAGCGAAUCACGUUUGUUAUAUGUUAGUUGACGGUCUUCAGUAGUUCCCCCUUUCUUUUUUAUUAUCAUUUAUGUUCUUUGACCAUUCUUUUUUGUCUUCCCCGUGUAGGGAAUGUUUCGUUGGCAGAGACCUGAUGAUCUGCCCCCAGGUGAGCCUAGUGAGGCCGCCAUCUGGGAGGCGAUAAAUAGACAUGAUCCUCAGGGCAGUGUCGAUGUCCGAGAUAGAUUGGAGCAGCAUAAGGAUAUGCUGCGAGGGCGAGACAUUUUUCACGACUUCUUUGCUCGCUUCCCCUUAUUCUCAGAGCUUUCGGUGGGUUCUGUUGGCUUUGAGAACCCAGAGAGGUGGGUCAUCAGUCUCAGACUGUAGUACGAGGAGUACGACCCGUCAGAGAGUUCCUUGGCACAGGUUAACUUGGGUACUUGUGAUAUUCUAGUGCCAACAGCGGACAAGCUCGAGCCAGUUGGACAGUCGAGUCUACUUAGCCAUCGUCAUUUACAGUCGUCACCCCCUCUAGAAUGGCCGAGAGACUCAGCAGUUGGACGGAUCCAGAGCUUACAGUUACCCUUUCAGAUUUACAGACAGUUUCCGGACUUCUUGUUUUUGGACACUAUUUUGAGGAGUGUGUACCUCCAGAUGAGCAGUUGUUUCACAGAGUUCCUUCAACAGACGGUGAUGGGAGAGGCAGGUUGGCACUACCGGUCGUUUACCCUUCACUUCUCCAGCACUACAGGCGCACGUACCGGGAGUCGCGUUUGUCGAGGCGUGGUCGAGAUGCCAUGCCUGUGGACCUUUAUAUUCGUAGCUUCCUUCAGAAGAGGUUAUUGUUUCCAGCCGCAGCCUCUCUACACGACCCGUUUGACUCUGGUUUCAGCGCGGCACUUCGUUGACAGAGGAGACUGCCGAGCCCUUUCCUUCCACUAGCCUCGUUUCUCCAGCUUUACCAGGUGUCGACGAGGACUUACUGCUAGCAGGAUUUUUGGCGCUUUGGCUCUUCAUACUUCCGCUCAGGACGGAGUCUUUAAGAUGUAGCAUUCUUUUAGCAGCCAGUCAGUUGUCGGUGGGACAGAGGCUUGCUCUUGCUCCUGCUGUCCUUGUUAGAGUGUACAGAGUUUUACGGACUACUUCUGAUGCUAGUUCUUUGGAUGUGCAUGAUUCAGCUUUAUCGUGGCAGUACUUGUAUGCCUUGGUUAACUUGCACGUCUAGGGAGCCUUUUCUUGUUUAGAGACUCCGGCCUACUUUUUGCAGAGAGGGUUUCCCACUGUUCUAUAGCUCUUUCAGGCUUCUUCUACUUUUGAGUCGGAGAGGAUUAGGGUGUUCUUUGCUCCGCAAUCAGUCUCAGACCGAUUUUCCUUGGUACACCAGCCAGACACUGUUAGCUUGCCACCCCACUAGAGGGGUAUAGUUCUAGUUGACAGAGUCGAUCAUAUAGGUAGACGUACACUGCUGCUCCGUAAUCAGAGUUUGGCGGUUGCUGAGUACUUUAUCAGCAUGCGCCCAGGAUGGUUGUGUCACCGUCAGGGUGGCUUUGUGACGUCGGAGGGCUACCAGCCCAACAGGAUGGCCAGGCAGUUUGGGUUUUCACAGGCUACAGCCUACGACGGGCAGGUACUCCUUCCAGGGGUCACAGAUGUACUACACAUGGGGACAGUUCCACCCGAGACUCUUUUUUACGUUGCCGCUGUGACUUGGGCGCACUUACUGAGGCUAGGGACAGAUUCCAGUUUUCUUUUAGCCCAGCCAUCUGCUCAGACAGGAGUCAGUUACACCCGACUGUCAUGGGUACGGUUGUCUUUCGGACCUGCUUUGGAGCACGGCGCCAGGAGGUACGAGCGUCGGGUACGGGAGCUUGGAUCGUCGAGGGGACGUAAGUCCCGUCGGAGUCUUCCAGAGGUUGUUGGUGACAGAGGAACACACACUGAGGCUCGUACCACUUCUACAGAUGUUGUUUCUUCUCCUGCCAGAGUUCCAGACGUGGCACCUGCGCCACCUCAGGCAGAGUCUUCCCGGUCUUCUCGCUGGCAGGCCAGCUCUCAGCUUGUUACCUCUUCCAGGCGGUCCCUAGACGCUCGCCCCUCUCAUAGGGACCUUGGGGAGGAUGCACAGGAGCUGAGGAGGUCAGACUUUAUGGGCUACAGUACACUAGGACCCUCCUAUGACUUUUCUUUUUCGGUGGACCCCUACGGGUCAUUCUGUCUAGGCGAGUCCUCUGGUACCGGCGCCACUCUACUUUCAUAGUUCUUUGGAGGGCCUCCACACACGCUGCCACCGUUAGGCUUGGUUCCCAUGAAAUUCUCUUUCUUCCCUGAGGGCCACCCGACUGACUUUGCGAUCUCUUCUCCCGUUCCUGUCAGUUACUCGACCGACCUUGUGGGACCUACUUCUGCUCUAGCCAGCUACCCAGCCGACCCUGCGGGUCCUUCAGCUCUAGCCAGUUACCCAGCCGACUAUGUGCGUCCCUCCACGGGUAUGUAUUUAUUAUAAGUUAAUUUAUUUUAAAUGCAUUAUUAUAAUAUUUUCUCCAUAUUAAUUGAUUCCAAUCUUUUGUGUAGUUCCCGCGGGAUAUGAUUACACUUCAAAGAUAGAAUGCCUAGUUCCUCUACCCCCGACCUCCAUGAUCACUGAGAUGUAUGGUCACUUGGCGUAGGCUCUGAGAAAGUUAGUUUCUAGCAUUAAGUGAAGGUCUCCAGAGUCUUGGCAUGACUUUUCUUCUACUACCAACCAGCUCCUUGGCCUAAUUGCCAAGUAUGGGGGCACCACUGAGCUACUUUUUUGGGAGGCAGUGUGUCGCGAGGCAGAAUCCUGCAUUUGGCAACUAAGCUUCCUCUCGAUCACUCGGUCUACGGUUACACUUCCAGAGAUAGAGGGGAUGGUUGUCAGCUGCAGAGCGAGGGCUGAUGGUGCUCACGACCUACAGGACCGUAGUGUAGAGAUUCUGAGGAGACACCGUCAGAGUACUUCUGAUAUGACUAGGGAGGAAGACGGGGUGACAACCCGUAUGCGGAAUAUUUGGAGGUAUUUUAUGCAGGAGAUGUCUCGGAGGCUUCAUAUACAAGAGAGACGUAGCCGACGGGAUCGUCUCAUUAGAAGGGAGGAGCAACGUCAUAGAUCUUUGCAGCAGGAGGUGCUGGAUGCAGACGCUUCGCUAACAUGUGUCGUGGAGCAGUUUCAGGUCGCCCAGUCAGAGUUUCAAACCUUGGCUACGAUCACUGACAGGCUGGAGUAGUUACGGGCUCGCUUUUUUUGAUACGUCCUCGUUCGUUGUUUUUUGGUCUGUACUUCUUGUAGCGCCUUGAGUCUCCAUAUACUUGUACCUCAUGAUGAUCAUUAUAUAUAUGUGGAGGAUUUUUUUUUCAGUGUUUCUUCCUUUUUUUUCUGAGCUGUGUUGAGCUGUGUGCUGGAAUUGUACUCUAAGUUUGAAUUUUAGACUUGUGUUGUUGGUACCACAGGUAAUUUUAAAUAUUUAUUUGGAGAUCUCGGCACGCAGCACGAUGUCGAUCCAAAUAAAUAUUUAAAAUGCCCCCAGUCUUUUAGGAUAGUUUUGAGCAAUGUCGCUUCAGCCACUAGUUGGAAUCAGUAGCCAUUGGAUUUAGUUUAAAUUCCAAAAAUUUUAGCUCUUUCUGUCCUAUGCUUAUUGAGAUGGACCUGACGAAAGAUUUGUGGGUUCUUGGAUUCAGUUGAUAGUACCAAAUGUGGGUAGUAUCUUAAUCCUUAACCACUAGAGAAGACUUUUAAUCCGAGUCACUUGAGUUCAUCAGAUUAAGAGAGCUAGGAUUUAGUAGCUCUUUGUCCUCUAAUUGCUAAAAUGGGGCCCUCUACUGCAGCCUUUUUUGUUGCCGUAUUGAGUAGACAGAACUGCCAGCGAUCCAGCCAUAUUUUGGCAUGUUGGAUCCGACCUUUUACACCCAUUCAGGCUUCAGACUCGAGCUAUGGGAAAUGUGCUCCCUGAUACUGAAUCUUCUGAAGUUAGUAGAUUUGAAGUCAUUUCUUUGUAGUUGAAGACUCGUUGUAUAUUUCCUUUCAAUGUUUAUGGAACUCAUUUGUUGCUUGCAAACAAACUUCACUUGCAAAUUCUUUAUCCUUGAAGGUGGUUUUCCACUAGUUUGUUUGCAUAUAUAUGUUGAUUAUGAAAGUGCCAUCGUAUUCAUCAUACACUUCAUGCAAAAUCCUUCUAGUAGCCUUUGAUUGUAUGAUCAAUAUAGAUAUCACUUGCUCUCAUUUGCAAGUCAACUUGAUUGGACACUUUAAAUCAUCUAAAUUUCAUUAUUCAUCAUUCAUAUACAUUGAGACUUGCUUAUCAAGAGUCCAUUACUUACAUAUUCACAUUUAAUUUCAAUAUCAUCAUUCAAAGAUUAUCCAAAUUCAAGAAAUGGUUCUUCAUGCAAACCCAAUUCAAGUCCAAGCUCGAAUCAAGUUCUUCUUGAUUGAGUUUGGUGCAAAUUGAGUUCAAAUUCUUCUUUCAUCUUGUUUGAAUUUGAGUCCUUGUCAUUUGUUAUUUGCAUUCAAGCAAAAUUCCUUGUAGUCCAAGGCAAAUCCAAGUUCGAGUCCAGUUCAACAUCAUAUGCUCAAGCUUGAUUUAAGCUUGAUUUUUUAUUCAAAACAUGAUUCAUUGAGGCUCAAAUUUGAGUUAAGUUCUUUGUGGUUUUCUUGAGUUCAAACUAAAUUCAAGUUCAAGUUUAAAUCAUUUGAGUUAAAUUCAAGUUCAAAUUAAUCAUUUAAAUUUUAUGUCAUUUUAUAUUUUGUCCAAGUACAAGUCCAAGUGCAAGUUCAAGUUCAAUUUGUUCAAAUUCUGUCCAAGUCCUUGAAUCUUCAGUCAAAAUUUCGGCAGCCUCCCGGCGUCUCCCCUGUUUAGGGGAAAUUUUGGGAGACUAGCCUUCCCACCACGCGCAAUAAAGGCGUUUAUGGUAGGUGCCCUCAGACUAGGACACUGCGGCCGUGUACUUUCCUCCCACCACGCGCAAUAAAGGCGUGUAUGGGGUCUUCGGGUGCACCUGCAUAAAAAAAUGAACACAUUUGUUUUCCCCGCGUACGGGUACUUAUAAAUUACCCCGCUUCGUCGUAUGCGCCGCACCAGGGUCCCAUCCCACCACGCGCAAUAAAGGCGUGUAUAGGCGAUUUUUCGGUGCGCCGCGAGCGCCGAAAUGGAGUUUAGGUGAUUGCCCACCUCGUCAUUGGCGUCGGACCGGGGUCCCAUCCCACCACGCGCAAUAAAGGCAUAUAUAGGCGGUUUUCCGGUCCGCCGCAUAUAAUGAAAGCGAGAAUCUGAGUUUUAGAAAAUUCGUACCUUCGCAGGGUUGACGACGACGGUGAGAUGCACUAAAACCUUUUUUUUCUCUUUUUUUUAUACUCUUUUCCCUCUUUCUUUUUUUUAUCUUUUUUUUUUUUUUUUUUUUUUUU